AUGUCUUUAUCAGCUGACGGAUUUAACGGUUCCCAAUUAUUCGAGUUGUUGGGUGCUGGCUUGGCCGACGAAACUCUUAAGAAGAAGGCCAUUGCUGGCGUUAAGGCUGUCAUUGUCAUCACCUUGAAGAACAAGGAAGGUAAGGAAGUGUCGUGGCUCUUGGACUUGAAGGACGCCGGUACCGUCAAGAAGUUCGAAGGUGCUGCUCCAAAGGGUGACGUGCAAUUGUUGUUGAAGGACGCUGACUUCGUCAAGUUGGCUGAAGGUAAGGCUAACGGUCAAAAGUUGUUCAUGAACGGUAAGUUGAAGGUCAAGGGUAACAUGAUGAAGGCUACUGCCAUCGAAGGUGUCUUCAAGACCUUGGACCCAAGACCAAAGUUGUAA